AUGGGAGUGAAUCCACUUGUCCUUGUCGGCACAGCAGUUCUGGGCAUUGGCGUGCUCCUCCACAUCGUUGGCAUGGCCACGCCCGUAUGGUCCGUGUCCAUUGUUAGUGACGACUAUAGCGUAGGGCCUUUCAAGUCCUGCCUUUUAACAAUGCUCGGGCAAAAAUGCAGUACCAACGAAAAUGUACCUUCCGAAUACAAAGCUGUUCAGGCCAUGACCAUCAUCGGAGUUCUGUUUGGCGGAGUGGCGUUGGCGGUGUCGGUCCUGAUCUUUGUUUUUUCGCUCAUGGGCAAGAGUCAGCACAAGAUGAUGCCUUUGUUGGCUGUGGGUGCUAGCUUCGGAUCUUUUUUUUUCAUCCUUCUCGGCGUGAUCAUCUGGGGUGCUGCUAUCCAUGACGACAUCAGCAAGGCUUUUGACAUUGGCUACUCCUUCAUUCUCAGCAUUGUCGGUGGCGUGUUGGUAGUUGUGGGAGGACUGAUGGUCUUCAUCGGAGGCCGGGGCAGCGUGUCUUCCUAAUUCAGUCGACGAAAUCGGAAACUAACACUAUAGAUCGAAAAAAUGUUGGGGCGCAAAUCGAUAAAGUGUCCUCAUUUGUAGUUACAUUUUUAUACUUAACUAUGCGUUUUAAUAUCUGGCCCCUCAGUGCACACUAUCAAUAAAGAGGAGCGGAAAUCCGUUUUGUGCAGAAAACAUGGCAUUAGACACACACACUAAAAGCAUAUAAUUUCCAAAAGAGAGAAAGGCAUAGAUCUUCGGGAUUUUUUGGUGCUUGAAAAGAUGAGAUAGAAGUAGCCUGCAGUUGCAAUUUGUAUUAAAAAAACAACUAAAUUAAGCCUAGCUAAACACAAAAAAGCCAGCUACUUCAGUACACAUAUUACCGCGCGUUCAUAUGACCUUAGCAGUUGCGAGCGCCGUAAAACCCUAUACUACAUACAUACACAUAUUACCGUGAUGAAAAGGGGUUUUAAGCGACAAUUCCUGCCACUUCACGGUUUUUAUUAACGAGCCUAAGCUGACAAAUAGUAAAAUAUACUUCGCAAUCUGUUGGCUGAUUCUCUUAAUUGGAAGUGCGCUGCCGAAGUUAUAUUUUUGAGAAUUCCAAAUGUUUGAAAAAGUUAAGGCCAACCUCAAAGAGCGUAUUAUAACAAAAUAUCAUACAUUGCGCUGUCCUGGUUUGAUAUGCUUCCACACCGUUUUCACGUUAGUUUUGAUUGUCUUAUGUUUUGUUUGUACUAUGCUACUAAUGUAUGCGUAUUUGUAAUGAAUGUUCUCUUUUGAGCUAUUUCAGUUGGUUGUGUCGUUUGUUCAUUUUUGGGGGUGUUUUUUCGCUGUUAGUUGUGUGGCCUAUCAGCCUCCUCAUAGCCCUUCACUCCAUGUGAUGGCUCUUAGGGAUGAGUAUUGUAUUGGGUCCAUCCAUUCACCCUGAAGCAGCUCUUUCUCAACCCUUUGCAGGAUUUAAUAAGAUAAGAUAAGAUAAUACUUUAUUAUCCAAGAGGGAAAUGUUUCUUGGCUGUACAUGACCGCAAAAACAAAUGCAGUUAUACAUAAAAGUUAAAUUAGAUAUAACUCGCAUUAAAAUUCAAUAUAAAAAGAUAUUAGAGUUAUGUUUUAUAUGUACAGACACGUCAAAGUACUUCUUUUGGAAUACGUACAGUGCCUUGUGUGUAGAAAAAAAUGUGGCUAACUUAAUUGCAAACAAUGAAAGACAACACAGAGAGUAAGAAGGAGCCAAGGAGUUAGCAGAAGAAAUGCUGCAGAGAGAGCCAGGAGCUCAGAUGAGGGGGCAAAGGAGGUGAGGAGGUGGGGGCAGAAAAAGGAGACGAAAGCAGACGACAGAAAAUUGCUAGAGAGCCAGAAAAGAGGUGAAAGGAGAUAAUUUUAGAGAAGAAAAUGUUUCCGUCGCUACCCGGAUUCAAACCCGGGACCUUUGAAUGAGAGGUGAACACCUUAACCUUUAGGCCACGAGAGCCACUACAUGAAAGGUGAAUGAGUAACGAAACACACAGACAGACGAGCAAAUAAAAGUACGGGCUGACAGAAAAGAGUGCAAAGGAGGAGCAAGCAUUCACAUUGAAAAACGAAACCACCCAUAAGCUUAAUCUACAAUCCUUGAUAUAAUUAUCAUAAUCAUACAUUAUUAUGCAUAUUAUGUGCGAGUGAGUACACUUUUAUGUUAUGAUAUAUUUUACUUCUUGCUGUUCCAGAAGUUUUUCUUUAAUUGCAUUUAACCGUUUCAUAGCUUGUUUUUUUCUAUAUUCUGUUCCUGCCCUAAGAUUAUAUUUUACUUUGUUCCCAGAAUGCUUAUUUCAUUCAUUGCUAUGUAUAUUUUACAAAUAAAAUAUCUAUUACUGCUUUAUAAA